AUGGCAGACGCACUGUACAAUGACUACAAGAAUAACUGCUUCGAAUACAUAAAAACCGUGUCUUACACGGAAAAGAUAAUAAAGGAUAAUAAUUCAGACAAAUAUAAAUUGCUUAAUAUUUACGAGAAAGCAAUAAAGAGCGCAGAAAAUAUGUUUAAUAGGAUGCAACUAGAAGUGGAAACGAACUCGUUAAUAGAGAAGAAAGAAAAUGAAUUAAAUGAAAUCCAUAAAGAAAUUACAGAUUAUAAAACGAAAUUAAAAACAAUUAAAGAAAAUUUUUUAAUAAAAGAAAGAGAAAAAAAUGAAAUGAUGAAUAAUUAUGAUGAUCGAAUUUUACUACUAAGUGAUGUAGAUUUACUGGAACAAGGAGAUAUAUAUAUUAACCAAUCCAAAAUUUUAAUGACCAAUUCAGAAUAUAUCAGCAAUGAUGUUUUGAAAAAUUUAAAUAAACAAAGAGAGAGUAUAAAAAAAAGCUUAUCUAAUAUGUCCUUUAUUACAACUAAAUUAGAUCAAGCGAAAACGAUAGUCAAUAUAUUAAAAAAUAAAGAACUUUUUAAUAAAUACAGGUUAUACAUAAUUUUCAUUUUUAUGUUCUUAACAUUUCUAUUUGUAACAGGAAUGAAAUAUAAAAAAUAUCAGAACAGCUUAAAUACUAACCACAAAAAACAAGAAUCCAACACUUUUCAAGAUUUUUUGAAGAAUGAACAGGAGGUAAACAUAUCCACACAUAACACAACACCUAUUCUCCCUGACUCUCCAUCCGAAUAUGCAGCAGUUCCAAUCAACGGAAUGCAUAACAAGCUAGAUACGGAUCAGGCUAAUAUGAUUAUAUACGAUUUUAUUGAAAAGAAAGAUAGCAAAGAGGGGAAUGGCUUGGAGGGCAUUGUCACGAAUGAUACUGCGUUCACUACCGAGACCACAACUGAUAGAAGUGCUAGUAUUAGUGUUAAUGGCAAUAGUCGAGACAGUGAAUUUUCCUCUAAGGAAAUAAAGGAGAGGAAUAACCCUCCAGCAGGGUACGCAAACGUUCAUGCAGGAGAUAAUAACAAAAAAUCGGACCUGAUUAAGAACCCGAACAAGCGAGGCGGAAAAAGUCAAAUGGAAAGCAAAAACUCAAACAUAGUAGGAAGCCCCAUAAAGAAGGGAAAAUAA